AUGGCACAAUCAUCCAGUUCUCGCUAUUCUCUCCAAGUCGAUUCGACGAUGAAUCUUGAAGCUACCCAGAGAGCCGGCUCACCAGACUCGGCCAUGGCCAGUGGUGUUUCCCAACACGAGAAGCCCGCAAACCCUUUCUUAACACCUUAUGCAUCUGAAUAUCCUUCAAGAAAUGCAUCAUCAGCCGCGCUGCACCAAAGUAUGCUCACCCAGCGAUACUUCCAUUCCCGACGAGUCAAAAAGGGAGAGGUCGAGCGGCCAUGGACCAAGGUGAAAGAUCCCCGAGAAAAAUGGGUGACCAUAAUUCCGAUCAUUGGACUUUUGGCGGGCCUGGGCAUUGCUGGCUUCCUGGUCUGGGACGGUCUUCGAAGUGUCGUCAAUCACACAUAUUGUCCGGUGUACCUGGAGGAUUUUUCGAAUGGUUUUGAUUCGAAAGUCUGGACCAAGGAGGCCGAGGUUGGCGGGUUUGGCAACGGGCAGUUCGAACAGACCACCGUCACAGACGAGAACGUGUUUGUCAACGACGGAAUGCUCCAUAUCAAGCCGACACUGCAGGAUCCGAAGUUGAUCGAGACGAACAAUGUGAUCAACCUAAUAGGUGAGGGUAUCUGCUCAUCUUCGGUCUGGAGCGAUUGUAUCACGGGCACCAAUACCACAAACGGCACCAUUGUCAACCCUGUCAAGUCUGGACGGAUCAACACCAAGAAAGGGGCGUCGAUUAGAUACGGCCGAAUCGAAGUCGAAGCCAAACUGCCCGAAGGUGACUGGCUCUGGCCUGCGAUAUGGCUACUCCCGGUCGACAACAAAUAUGGACAGUGGCCACAAUCUGGGGAAAUCGAUAUUGUCGAGUCAAGAGGCAACAACCAUACCUAUCCUUCAGGGGGCAACAACAUCGUUUCCAGCGCGUUACACUGGGGUCCCAACUCGGUCAACGACGGUUGGUGGAGGACCAACGUGAAGAGGAAUGCCCUGCAUACCACCUUCGCAAAGAAGUUCCAUACUUUUGGCCUCGAGUGGUCGGAGAAAUAUAUCUUCACUUACAUCGACACUCGGCUGCUGCAGGUGCUGUAUACCAAUUUCAACGAGCCGUUGUGGAAACGCGGUCAUUUCCCUUUGUCUGACAGCAAUGGAACAAGACUUAUAGAUCCCUGGUCACAGACUGGGAAUGCAGCGACACCUUUCGAUCAAGACUUUUAUCUCAUUUUGAAUGUCGCGGUGGGUGGAACGAACGGCUGGUUCGGAGAUGGGAAAAAUGGGAAGCCGUGGGUCGACGCAAGUCCAACGGCGAAAAAGGACUUUUGGAAUGCCAAAGACACAUGGUAUCCAACCUGGAAAGAUGGUGGUGAGAUGGCGGUCAAAAGUGUCAAGAUGUGGCAGCAACAGGGAUACAACGGUUGUUAG